AUGAGUGAAACUUCGUGCUAUAUUCUUGACAAUGGAGCAUAUACUGCUAAAGUUGGAUUUUCCACAAUGGUGCCGAAGAUAGUGCCGAAUUGUAUAAUGAAAGCUAAAUCGGAAAGACGACGGCCAUUCGUUGGAUCUCAAAUUGAAGAAUGUCGGGAUGCUUCUGGUCUGUUUUACAUUCUACCAUUUCAAAAAGGUUUUCUGAUCAAUUGGGACACACAAAAAACGAUUUGGGAUUUCAUAUUUAGUAAGGAUUGUUGUCCUGUAAAUUUUAGUGAAACACCACUAAUAAUAACUGAGCCAAUUUAUAACUUUUCUUCAAUACAAGAAGCUAUGACAGAAAUUUUCUUUGAAGAAUACGAAUGUCAGUCAUUAUUACGUAUAAACGCUUCAGAUUUAGCAGAAUAUAAUUAUAGAAAAACCCACAACAAUGAAUCCACGGUUGUUGUUGAUUCUGGGUACAGUUAUACUUACAUAAUACCAUAUAUAAAAGGUAAGAAGUAUAAAGAAGGCAUAAGAAGAAUUGAUGUUGGUGGCAAAGUCUUAACAAAUCAUUUAAAAGAAAUCCUGUCCUAUCGGCAACUGAAUGUGAUGGAGGAAAGUUAUGUAAUAAAUCAAGUUAAAGAAGACUCUUGCUUUGUAUCUCAAGACUUUAUGGGUGAUAUGGAGAUAGCCAAGAAAAAAGGUUCAGCAAACACAAUUAUCAAAGACUAUGUAUUGCCAGACUAUACAACAAUACGUAGAGGCUAUCUCCGAGACAUUGUCAAACCAGAUGAGAACCUAGAGCAACAGACUUUACGACUAAACAAUGAAAGAUUUUCCAUACCCGAGUUAUUAUUUAAACCAUCAGAUGUAGGAAUACCGCAAAUGGGGAUUUCGGAGGCAAUAAUUCAUUCUAUAGAUUCAUGUCCAGAAGAUAAUAAGGAGAGUUUAUUGGAGAAUAUAGUUUUAUUUGGUGGCAACACUCUGUUCCCUAAUUUUAGAGAUAGAGUUUACAGUGAAGUGAGAUCGUUUGCGUUAGAUCAUUUUGAUGUGAAUGUAACUUUAGGCGAAAAUCCUAUAACAUAUGCAUGGGAAGGUGGCAAAAAAAUAUUUAGAGAUCCAGAUUUUUAUUCAUUUUGUAUGACAAAAGAGGAAUAUGAAGAAGAAGGAAAAUCCCUGGCUUUUGAAAGAUUUGAUAUA